GUGAAGAUCGCCAUCUUGGAUAGUGGAAUCGAUCUAAUACACCAGGACAUACAUGCCCAGAACGACAACAUCAAGGAUGUACGUAGUUGGGUGGAUGGGAAACGAGGUGCGCGAGACCGGAGGGGAGGUGACCAGUGUGGCCAUGGAACACAUGUCGCAGGCUUAGUACUAAAAGUAGCUCCCGAUGCGGAUGUUUACAUUGCUAAAGUGACUAACGGGACGUCAUUGCAAGACGUUGACCACAUUGCAGAGGCAAUCAAAUAUGCAGCAUCGGAAUGGAAAGUGGACAUUAUCAAUCUCUCCUUAGGCUUCCCCAAAAGCGUUUACUCCAUCGAGUCAGUCAUUCGCCGUAUUGACUGCCUCAUCUUCGCGGCUGCUUCUAACGGCGGGGGCAACGAGAAUCGGGCAUUUCCAGCGACACUCGAUCAGGUAAUCUGCAUGCACUCUACAGAUGGUCGCGGAAAUCCCUCGCUUUUCAAUCCAAAUCCCCUUGAUUACUGCGACAAUUUCUGCAUUCUUGGCGAAGCUGUAGAAUCUGCAUGGCCUGGGGAAACUCCAGAUGGCAAUCCGAACUUACGACGCAAGUCAGGAACCUCAUUUGCAACCCCGAUUGCGACCGGCGUGGCUGCUCUUGUCCUCGAAUUUGCAAGGCAGAAUAUAAAGAACAAUGAACAGUUGGAAAGAUUGAGGACCUUCGGAGGGAUGAAGAAAGUCCUGCGUCUGAUGGCGGAUAAGAGGUCGGGAAGUCCAUUCCGAUAUAUAGCACCUUGGACGCUUCUC